AAGGUGUCUGUGAAUAAAAGGUGACCAUGGCUUGUCCAAGUGGCGUCAUAGCACAUCUAGCAAAAUUAAUCGUGACAGUCUGUUGCAUGAAAGCUAUUGGCAUCUCGUAUGAUAAAACAAGUACCUGGUCAGUUCGUGCCUUUCAAAUUCUACUCUCACACUCCAUCCUAGGGAUCCUUAGGUUUGGAGUUCCAUGUAUCACAUCAGCACCUGCUUUAGUGAAGUACUUAAGGAUUUUCUAUGAUUGGUACUCCAAGAUCACUGAUGUUGCACCUUUGGCAUUGUUUACUGCUGGUAUCCUAAAUGGAUAUGGAAUUAACGAAACAAUUUGGCUCAUAGUACUUUCCUUUGGCGUUUUGCCAAUAUUUUUCCAGCUGCAGCCAAAACGACAAGACAAGCAGAUACGGAGACAUCAGUUGUUAAUAAAUAUUGCUUCCACAUUACAAUUGUUAAUGAUUACAUUAAUAGGUUUACGACAUAGUAAUUACAAUGUUAUUAGUUUGGUUGCUUCAUUUAUUUUCGAACGAUUUUUCAUAGACGAAUUUUGCUAUUAUUACGAUAUUCCAAGUACUGAUCUGAUCCAAUACUCAAUGUGUUUCACUGAAAUCUUUGUGGUAUUGACCUUAAAUGAAAUGUGAAUAGUAUUAAUAUAUUGAACGGUUAUUGCAUUUGUAUACCCUUAAGAAAAUAAAUGGUUCUACACUGUUAGAUCCGUUUGUGG